AUGGACGCCAGCCCCAAGGACAACGGCCAGUGCAAUCGCCAGUGGCCUUGUAAUCACUGUCAGAAACGUAAAGUCGCAGAUCGAUGUCGCUUUUCCCCCACGGCCGCCGCAACCUCAGAACGAACGCCCUCGAGCGACACCCGAAAGCGCAACCGCAUUCGCGAUGAGCAGCCCGAGUCUAGCUCCGAUGACGAUGAUACAGACGAUUUCGCGGCUAUCGGCUAUGGAGGUGCACAUUUCUUCUCCAACCUCGAGGUUCAAACCGAGACUAACCCCUUUCCAACAGACUCUCUGGUGCAGAAUUUCCUCUCUCGUGUCAACUACCAUUACUAUAUCAUAUACCCCCCGGCAUUUUUGCAGGAAUAUCGCGAGUGGUGGAUCGCCCGCUUUGCUUCUCAACCUCUUGGCCUCCAAUGGACUUGUCUCUUGCUCAUGGUAUGCGCCUGCUCGGCCCAGUAUACAGAUCCCGAUUUGAAGAGAAAGCUCGAAACGGAACUUGGCGAACCGAUAUUCUGCCUCUCCAACAACUACCACAAUGCCGCCCGCGAACUACACUCCGUCAUCCCCAUCAGCAGCAACCACAUCCUUAACGUCCAACACCUCUUGCACUCUAGCUAUUGGUACAAGUCAGAGGCUCGUUUCGUCGAGUCUUGGCAUGCGCUCAGCACUGCAAUUCGCGAAGCCCAGGCUUUGGGCAUGCACCAAGAUCAGCUCGCCGGCUCAAUCUCAGAGUUCGACUAUGAGAUGCGCAGACGUCUAUGGUGCGUAUUAGAUACCUGGGACUGGCAAAUCUCAGCGCUCUUGUCCCGACCAAAGCUCAUUGACCGCUCCGAGUGUAUGGUGUCGCUUCCUGCGCUCACCUUGGAAAGUUAUUCGCCUUCGCCUUUGCUCCACAUGAAGCUGCAGUCUGAACUCAUUGGCGAGUUAGCGAGACGCUUCGGUUCCCCGCGAGAAGUCACAUCCCCUGCUCAGAUUGAUCAAUACACUAGCGUCAUUCUUGACUGGAUGCAAAGAUUCCCGCAAGCCUACAAAUUCGAGAAGCCCGACAGAUCAAUCGACCUCAAAUACAGCUGGGUUACCCUGCAUCGUCACUACUUACAUACCAUGGCCUAUUCUAUGCUGUUAGAUCCAUUGCGCGCUUACAUGGCGAGGCGAAUAACAGCAAAUUCGCCACCUGACGACUUGAGGAUACGCGACGAGGGCAUAGCCUACACGCUGAAGCUAAUGUCAGCCCUAUCCGAGUUCUUCGACUUCUUGUAUCCUAAGGAUGCCAAGUUUCACCGGGCUUUGUUUUCCAUCUUCGACACCGCUGCCGUCCUCUGCUCUGUCAUUUUGCACGACGAGGACCGCUGUAUACCGAGCCGGCAGGAGAUUCUCUUGGCCAUUGAAUCCGCUAGAUGCAUGCUACAACGCUUGGCAACCGAAACCCGCACUGCGAAAACGUCGUACGAAAUACUGUCAAGAUUGGCGAAACGAAUUGAAAAUCCCUACCUCCCUCCGAGGAUGGUCGACCACCACCACAAACGAGUCAGGGCGACCGAGGAAUCGCUCACCCCACCCUCUAUCCAACACGGCGAUGUAUCUGUCGGCUCCAGCGAUGUGGGAAGCGCUGACGACUUUGACCGGUACUCGACCUCCCCCGUUGGAAGCAGCGGCAUGGCCCAGAACAUCGCUGGUGCCUCGCCCGCCUACGGCUCCGGAUUCUUGGAGAUGUCGGGGGGCUUUGCGAUGCCAAAUACGAUGGCGCCUGUCCAUGAUGGAUACAAUGGAACAUAUGGCAUGCUGCCGGCCACACAUAUACUGACCGAUGGCAUUUUGAUGCCCGCGCCACUAAAUGCAUUCUUACCGCCCACCCCUCGCGAAUCGUGCGCGCAGCUCUCUUUCGAUGGCUUCUCAGAGGAGCAGCUAGGCGAUCUGGCAGCUCUUUGGAAUUACCAAAGUCUAGAUCUCAAUUUUGUUCCCUGCCAAAACGUCUAA